AACGAGGUGACAGGAGAAGAAGGUUGAGGAGACAGAGGAGGAUUGCCCCCUUCUCCUGGUGCCAAUCCCUGCUGGGAGCCUUGGGCAAUAAAACCAACCAGGGCUGCCCGGUGGCGGCGGUGAUGCUGAAGGCUGCCAUGUGGCCGGCGGGGAGCCCCGGCGCGGUGUCGGCCAGCGAGGUGCUGCUGGUGGCCGCCACGUUCUGCCUGGUGUUCCUGGUGCUGCAGCGGCUGCGGCAGGCCGUGCCCGAGGGGCUGCGGAGGCCGCCGGGCCCGCGGGGCUAUCCCGUGCUGGGCAACGUGCUGGAGCUGCGCAAGGACACGCACCUGGCGCUGACGCGGCUGAGCCGGCGCUACGGGGACGUGAUGGAGGUGCGCAUCGGCACCCGGCCCGUGCUGGUGCUCAGCGGGCUGGACACCAUCCGGCAAGCCCUGGUCAAGCAAGGAGAGGACUUCAUGGGGCGCCCCGACCUCUACAGCUUCCGCUUUGUGGCGGACGGGCAGAGCCUGACGUUCAGCCCCGACUCCGGGGAGGUGUGGAAGGCGCGCAGGAAGCUGGCCCAGAGCGCCCUGAAGAGCUUCUCCAUCGCCCCCAGCCCCACGCUGUCCUCCAGCUGCCUGCUGGAGGAGCACGUCUCCAAGGAGGCCGAGUACCUGGUCACCAAGUUCCUGCAGCUGAUGGAGGAGAAGAAGAGGUUUGAGCCCUACCGGUACCUGGUGGUGUCGGUGGCCAACGUCAUCUGUGCCAUGUGCUUCGGCAAGCGCUACGAGCACGAGGACCAGGAGCUGCUCAGGCUGGUGAAUUCAACUGAGGAGUUCACUGAUGUGGCUGCUGCUGGCAACCCCGCCGACUUCAUCCCCGUGCUGCGCUACCUCCCCAGCCGCAGCAUGAAGUUGUUCAUAGAUUUCAACAGGUACUUUGUCAGCUUCCUGCAGAGGAGGGUCAAGGAGCACUACGAGACCUACGACGAGAACAACAUCCGGGACAUCACGGACUCCCUCAUUGAGCAGUGCCUGGACAAAAAACUGGGAGCAAACACGGCCACGCAGAUCCCCAAGGAGAAGAUCGUCAACCUCGUGAACGACCUCUUUGGAGCAGGCUUCGACACCAUAACCACAGCCCUGUCCUGGAGCCUCAUGUACCUUGUGACGAACCCCAACAUCCAGAAAAGGAUCCAGGAAGAGCUGGACCGGACCAUCGGGCGGGAGAGGCGGCCGCGGCUGUCGGACCGGGGCUCGCUGCCCUACACGGAAGCCUUUAUCCUGGAGAUGUUCAGGCAUUCCUCCUUCCUGCCCUUCACCAUCCCACACAGCACCACCAAGGACACGGCGUUGAACGGCUACUUCAUCCCAAAGGAUCGCUGCGUGUUCGUCAACCAGUGGCAAGUGAACCACGACGAGAAGCUUUGGAAGGACCCAGAAACCUUCAGCCCCGAGCGUUUCCUCAGUGCUGACGGGACCAAAGUGAACAAAGAGGACGGGGAGAAGGUGCUGGUGUUUGGCCUGGGGAGGAGGAGGUGCAUCGGGGAGAGCAUUGCCAGGUGGCAGGUGUUCCUCUUCCUGGUCACGCUGCUCCAGCAGCUGGAGUUCAGCAUCUGCGAGGGCGGCAGGGUGGACAUGACCCCGCUCUACGGACUGUCCCUGAAGCACAGGAGGUGCGAGCACUUCCAGGUCAGGCAGCGCUUCCCCAUGAAGGGCAGGAGCUGAGCGGCGGGAGCAGACAUCUCCAGGGUGUCCUUGCAGCAGAGCUGGGUCUGGAAUGACUUUGUGCGGUGAUGGGAUAAACUGAAACCAUCAGGACGUCUGUUUUAUCUGCUUCUUUUUGUAGCAAUUGUUGCCUGUUUUGUUUCCUGGUGUUUCUAGUGUUAGAUAGUCCAUUAAAUGCUGGCUAUUCCACCACACCCA